AUGUCAAGUGGGAAACGUCGAAAUCCGCUUGGAUUGAGCCUACCUCCCACUGUAAACGAAAAUGAGAAGGAAGAUGGCACAAAAGAGGAAGUCAGUGUGCAAGUGAGCCUUGAUGAGCAGUUAAAGCGUUUGGGGUUGACGGAACCCCAAAAACAACGUAUGUGUGAAUGGAUACAAGUCAAGGAAGCUGAACAAGAACUAUCGGAGGAUGUGCUUGAAAACGAAGGUGAACUAGGUCACGGCAAUGGAGGUGUUGUGCAUAAGGUCGUGCAUAAGAAAAAUGGUGUCACAAUGGCCAGGAAGUUGGUGCAUUUGGAGGUGAAACCUUCCGUACGACAGCAGAUUGUGAAAGAGCUGGCUGUUUUGCACAAGUGCAACAGCCCUUACAUAGUUGGAUUUUAUGGUGCAUUCAUUGAUAACAAUAACAGUGACAUUUCAAUAUGUAUGGAAUAUAUGGAUGGGCUUUCACUGGAUAUUGUGAUGAAAAAGGUUGGCCGGAUUCCAGAGAAGUUUGUCGGUAAAAUAUCAGUAGCUGUUGUUCGAGGUUUAGCUUAUCUCAAAGAUGAGAUCAAAAUACUGCAUAGAGACGUAAAGCCAUCAAAUAUGCUGGUGAAUAGCAAUGGCGAAAUUAAGCUUUGUGACUUUGGAGUUUCUGGUAUGUUGAUCGACAGUAUGGCAAAUUCGUUUGUCGGAACUAGGUCGUAUAUGGCGCCAGAGAGGCUGACUGGAUCACAUUAUUCAAUACAGUCGGAUAUUUGGUCAUUUGGGUUGUCACUUGUUGAACUGCUAAUCGGUCGAUAUCCGGUACCGUCUCCAUCUAAGCACGAAUAUUCUGUCAUGUUUGGCAUACCGGAAUCACAACUGCAGUUAGCAGAUGGGCGAACUGAUGUUCCACCCUACCAGGCGUCGAACAAUCCUGCGGCUAUGGCAAUUUUUGAAAUGUUGGAUUAUAUAGUCAAUGAACCACCUCCAACAUUACCAAAAGGAGUUUUCAGUGAUGAAGCGAUCAAUUUUGUCUCCAAGUGUUUAAAGAAACUUCCCGGUGAACGGGCAAAUCUAAAGGCACUUUCUUCUGAUCCGUUCUUCAUGCGGUACGCUGAUGUCGACGACAAUGGAGAAUUCGCGAAUUUUGUCACUGAAACAAUAUCGAUCCAGCCUAAACAGUGA